AAAGCAUUUGUCUUGGUCGGAAGCGUCUUUUCGAAUCCAUUCAGCACCAGCACCAGGGCUCGUAGGUCUUCUGUGCCCCCUCUAGUUUCUACGAUGAAAAAGGACUCUUUCAAGACUUCUGAGGGCCAUCUUACAAGUGGCCGUACCGAGAAUCCCAUAUCCUCGGCCAAAAGUGCGUUGUUCUCUUCAGCAAGCUCUAUCAGCAGUGCUUUUGAACACAAGGUCAAGGAGCCAAUAAUCAGCAUGAAUCCAGGACAGGAGUUUGAUUCUAUCAUGCAGAGCAUCAUGAACACAUUUCCUACUCAGCAAGCCACAGUCCAGGAGUCGACCAACAAGUACUCGGACAGCACACCUUCUACUCAGCAAGGUUUCAACAUAUCACGCGCGGUCGAGCUUUUAGCCAAGAUCCGCGAUCUCCAGCUCAGACACGACAUGGCAGUCAACAAGGCUCAAUUCAAGUACCUGAGAAAAUCGGACCCAACCGAAGUCACCAAGGAUACUGGAAGGAAUACGAAGUUUUACAGCAACAAAGUCUUGAAACACCUGGCUUAUCUACAAUCUGGAUUGGACACAUUCUUGGAUUGUGUCCUGGAUCAUUCCAACUCCGCAGUCAAGGAGCUCUCGAGGGAUAUCUCCUACGGACCUUGGACCGAGUCGUGGGGAAGCUUUUCGCUAUGGCACAUGGGUUUCACAGUCACAUCGGUCAACAGCGCCUUUACAGCACUUGUUAAUCAACCCAAACAAUGUCGCAAGCACUUGAUUCAAAUCGACGCUCAAGUAUUCAAACUCCUGAAAACCCGCAAAAAGCUACUCGCAGAAAUCGACUACUAUCUGGUGAAAACACUAGAACCGGACUUUGGAACAAGGCAAUGGCCUUGGACUUUGCUGCCCAGAAGACCCACCUUCACUCUCCCACGACCCUGUUUCUGGCCUUUCAAAUGUAAAAAGCCAUCUCGCAGCGAGGAAGAAAAGGCUCGCGCACACAGACUUCUUCACCUGCGACAGGCCCUCCGAGGAGCCCGCAAAAUCACCGACGGCAUUGUCGAGAUCAAGGAAUUGGUUGAUCAAGGAUCUUACGAGUUGAUUGAAACACAGCGUGCAAUUGAACAGCACAAGUAUAGAGUUCUUUCUGAGCCAAAGUAUGGCCGCGCUUUGCUGAAAGGUGCACUGGUUGACAUCAAGGUCGAUCGUGCCAUCUUGAAGAAGGUCAUCGCAGACAGAAAGGCCUUGAGAGUCAGUAUCAAUGAAGGUGUGUGGGCACGAGAAGCUGCGAAUGAGACGGAUGUGAAAGCGAAAUGGAUCAGUAAGGAGUUGGGUCUAUAGGUGACGGAUGUUUUUGCCCUAGA